AUGGCCGCGUCCACAGGGAAACGCAUCGUAUUCACCGGUGGCUCAGGGAAAGCAGGCCGCCACGUCAUUCCCUACCUCCUCUCCAAAGGUCACUCCGUUCUCAACCUCGACCUGACCCCGCUCCCUCACCCCUCGGUGUACACCCUCAAGACAGACCUCACAGACGCCGGCCAAGUCUUCAAUGCCUUCACUUCCAACUUCCACAUCAACCACUACGCCAAUCCUCGCCAUUCAGAGACCGUGCCCGUGGGCCCCAUCGAUGCGGUCAUUCAUUUUGCGGCGUAUGCGAGGAAUAUGCUGGUGCCGGAUAAUGAGUGCUUUAAGGGGAACGUGCUGAGUACAUAUAAUGUCAUUGAGGCUGCGUGCAAGCUGGGAGUCAAAAAGGUUAUUAUCGCGAGUAGUGAGACGACUUAUGGGGUCUGCUUUACGCAAGGAGACAGUGAUUAUCAUUCCUUUCCUCUGGAGGAGGAUUAUGACUGCGAUCCAAUGGACACCUACGCAACGAGCAAGCUCUGCGGCGAGCGCUGCGCCCGAAGUUUCGCGAGGAGAUUCCCGGGGACGGACAUCUACGCGCUGAGGAUAGGGAACGUCAUCGAACCACAUGAAUACGAGAAAGACUUCCCGGAAUACGUCAACAAGCCAGAGACGCGGAAGAGGAACGCGUGGAGCUACGUCGAUGCAAGAGAUUUGGGUCAGAUAUGUGAUUUAUGCGUACAGAAGAACGGGUUGGGCUUCCAGGUCUUCAAUGCCACGAACACGACUUCGUCGUUGAAGGUGCCGACGAUGCAGUAUCUGAAGGAGGCGGAGCCUAAUACGCCGAUCACGAGGGAGAUGGGCGAGUACGAGGGCCCGCUGAGCAAUCGGAAGGCGAGAGAGGUGCUGGGGUUCCAGGAGGAACACCCGUGGCAUAAGUAUGUCAAAGUGUAG